CAGACGAGGAUGGAAAAGUUUCUUCUGUUCAUCAAAGUGGUUUCAGGGCUGUGGGCUGUUUCCUCAAGUGCUCAGCGUCAGUACCAUUUUGUUUAUGAGCAGAAGAACUGGACUGAAGCACAGCAGCACUGCAGACAGUAUUACACAGACCUGGCUGCAAUAGAAAGCAUGGAGGAUGUGAAGACUCUGAACAACAUGGCAGACUUGGAAAAAAUGAAAUACUCAGAAUACAGCAAUCGAGCCUGGAUCGGCUUGUACAACGACGUGAACAGCUGGAGGUGGUCGAUGGACGACACGGGAACCGAAUAA